GUGUAGAUGCUGAAGCAGAGCUGGUCACUCACAUAAACCUGCGCAAGACAGCAGAGCUGGCAGAGUAGCAGGCGAGAAAGGGACACACACUUUCAGAGCCCCCUCUGUGCCGAGACUAUAAACGGAUAUCCAUCUGUCGGAUAAAACAAAAUCGCAAGUAACGCGGCUCCUGCCGCCGUGUGCUUCGUGGUUAAUUUCGUAAUCGCCGGACUUCGUUCCUACGGAAAGUAGACGCGGAGACUUUCGGUCUGCAGCUUGCAUCCCUGUGCGUUUCUCUGGGCUCACUGCGCGCAGCAUUUUGCGAAGCAAAAGCAAGGACAGUUGGAAGCGUCCCGUCGGAAGCACGCCGAGCCCGCUGCUCGUCUUCUUCGCCAUUCUGUUAGAGCAGUCCUACCAGGGCACUUGUAAAUUCGAAGGGCGCCGCAAGCUUGGGAGCUCAUUUUUCCACUUUUCGACAUUUAGCGCCACAUUUCAUUUAUUCGAGGCAGUAAAUAGAACCAGUGACUAAUCCGAUCGUUUAUUUUCCGGAGUUGAAUCUUCGACUUUAUUGAUUUGAUUUUUUUACGCGCCGCCAAGGAAUACUGAACAUUUAAAAAAAAAAAGUGUUACAAAGUGACCGAAGAUGGGUAUAUGUGGUUAUUUCGUGGUAUCCUGGAAAUGGCUAGUAGUGAUCACCCUAAGACUGCUGUUCCUUUUACCUGCAGGAGUGCCAGCUCGGAGCGGAGAAUCUUUUUCAAAACCCAUGGACAACAUCACCGUCAGACAAGGGGAGAGUGCCGUCUUAAAAUGCUCCGUGGACAACAAGGUGUCAAGGGUGGCCUGGCUCAAUCGCACCACCAUUUUGUUUGCGGGACGUGAUAAGUGGUCGUUAGACCCGCGCGUCAUCCUCCUCAACAAUACGGGCGCGACGGAAUACAGCAUCAAAAUCCAGAACGUGAACGUGUACGACGAGGGCCCCUACAUCUGCUCCGUCCUGACCAACAAGAAGCCCAAGUCCUCCAGAGUGCACAUCAUCGUACAAGUUCCGGCCAGGAUUGUAAACAUAUCCACCAACAUCACCGUGAAUGAGGGCAGCAAUGUCACACUAAUGUGUUUGGCUAUCGGAAGACCUGAGCCGACCAUCCUAUGGAAACACCGAUCAAGAAGCGGGCAUAAUUUCAUGAGCGAAGGAGAAUACAUUGAGAUCACAGCAAUCACCAAAGACCAGUCUGGAGUGUAUGAAUGCAGCGCCAACAAUGACAUCUCCACCCCUGAUGUACGGACCUUGCAAGUCACCGUCAAUUAUCCCCCCUACAUCUCGACCGCCAGGAGCACCGGAACGCCGCUUGGGCAGAGGGGCACGCUGCAGUGCGAGGCCUCAGCAGUUCCCGUGGCUAAUUUCGAGUGGUACAAAGAAGACCGCAGGCUCUUCAAUGGACUUAAUGGGGUUAAAAUCGAAAACAAGGGUAGACAAUCCAUGCUUAUCUUUUUCAACGUUUCUGAAGAGGAUUACGGGAACUACACCUGCGUGGCAAUGAACACCAUGGGAAUCACAAAUGCGAGCAUAAUUUUGUAUGGCCCAGGGGCUGUGCAUGAUGUGAACAGGGCACCUCUAUCUCUACAGAACUCGUUCUGCCUUCUCUUGACUGUGAUUUCGUGGUUCCUUUUCAAGUUUUGAUGCAACAGUGGUAACCCUUCAGUCACCUCCUGAAUUGCAGUACAACAGACUUUAAUCCCAUAUGAAUAAAUGAAAAUCACCAACACAGAUGGCUCACGUUUUUUUAGAAUUGAAUUGGCGGUGUUUUUUUCCAUUCUUUCUUUGUUUUCGGGGUGGGGGGGGGCGCUAGUGGCAGGAAGUGAGUACAUAGGGUUAUACUAGUAUUGCAAAGUGUGUGUCUCUCCAACCUUUUAUAUGUAAAAAAAAAGGAAAACAAAAAUAUUGUAACGGCUAACGAUUUAAUGGUUUUGCUCAUUAUUAAGGUAUACAUUUGGAUCACUGGUGUGUCCUGUCCUGUUUUAUUCUGUACAAUAACAUAAGCUUUUAAGUAACCAACAAAAUAGUAUUUUCUGUGCUGAGUAUGGAAACUGCAAUGUUUUAUUGUUGAAUUACUGUAUUUUUGACAGUGGUAUGCGACGGAUCAAUAACAGCGUAAUAUAAAUGAUGUCAACCUUACCAUACUAUAUUGUACUAUCAUUCCUUAAACAGAAAAAACAGUAUUUCAUGGUAUGUACAUAUAAAUGAAGUUCACACAGAAAAGCAAAAAAUAAAUAAUAAAUUCUUCUAGAUGAUUCCCAGACCAUUACAGAACUUUUCCUUGUCUGGAUUUCAUGUGUAAAAAAAAAAAAAAAAAUAGACCCAGAUCUUACCCUCAAAUCUGUUUCAGUGUAUGCCACAGGACUAGUUGAUGUAGUGAAUAUAAAAACACAGUAUAUUUUUAAGUUAUGUGAUUUAUCGAUACAUAUAUAAUCAAUAAAAAGCCAAACUACUUCAGAACUAGAAAUAGAAUCAUCAGGGAUGAUUUUUUUUGUUUUGAGUACUUAAAAGUGAGAGCACAAACAAAAAAAACAAGACAUAAAGAGGUAUCGGGAUAAGAAAAUAAUACUGUGUUAAAAAGAAUUAUUUGUCCGUUUUUGUCCUUUGACCCUCUACACUAACAGUUGCCUGUUACUCCUCUUGGGUUGGCUUGUCAUUCAGUAUUACUGGUAAAAAAAAAAAAUACUACUGUAAGGAAUAAAAUGAAAGUAAAUAUGUCUGGAAUGUCCAGUGCAGUCUUAUAGUUGAUUAUUGUAUGUUAAUAUUUUGCAUAUUCAUAUACAGUAAAGUCAGCUAGAGGUGCAGUGACAGUGUAUUUGAUUUCCGUGUUGCUGCCAGUAGCUGUGACAAUUUUGUCAUGUUCCGUUGCCUUGGCAACCAUGUCAGCCGCUUUUAGCUUCCGCACGGAGGAAGGCUAGGAGUGGUAUGGCGUCAAAAAGACGUACUCCUCUGUAUUUUUGUCACUGGCCAAAUGAUUGACAGGCUGAAAUGGGUGGGGGGGUCUGGGGUGUUACUCUAGUAUGCUUCUAGCAAUACAUCUCCUCUAGGUACUAUACGUACCGUACUUUGAAAGGGGAAGCUGCAACUUUUGAGAACUGUCAUUUCUAUAAAAGCGAAUAGGAGACAUCCCACGCCACGGCUGUCACCGUACAAAGCCUUACCAGAAUACAAUCAACACCCUCCCGAAAAAAAAAAAAAACAGAACCACACACCUAUGAAAGGAAGACAGGACCAUUUCAAGGAUUAUAGAGGUUGAAGUUGAGCCUUCUGUCAAGGGAUUGUGUCCUUCUAGAUAAAUGCUGACAACAGUCGCAAAGAGUGAUAGGUUGAGAUGCUGGGCCAGAGUUCUUCACAAUAGAAUAUAGAUGUCUGCUUGCAGAAAAAUAAAACAAAUUCAAAACAUUAUGCACCUUCCAUAAGUAAUACGUUCAGUUCCACCCAAGAAGAACAUUGAAUGGAAGAUGACAUCUCUUUUAUUUUUCGGAUUGUGUGCUUGAGCUUACAAUAAGAAAAUAAACAUGCUGACGUGGAGAGAACAUCAAAUUAAUUUUGUUUAAAGAUGCAUGAAAAGAUGUCUUUUCAGUUGUUCAAUUGCUAUUUGUGUGGUUAAGCAAAAUUCUCUACGCAAAUUUCAAGGUUUCCUGCAUAAAAUACAAUCUAUUGUUUAAUACUGUGUUUAUAUUUUCCAGUCAGAAUUCAUCUGUGACUAAAAGUGAAUAUAUCUGGAAUACAGCAAUUUUGCAGUACAUGCAGCUAGAAUAUAGCAACGCGGCAAUUAUAACGGCCCCGGGUAAGCCUCUGUAUAUGAAGAGUGGCUUUACAUUUGGCCAGGAGAACCCUUGAGACAAUACCUUGGUUAUUGCAGCCGUGUUCUACCACUUUGCAGGAAUCAAUGAAGUACAUUGUGCCGCAGGUCCUUUCUUCUCCAGGACGCUCAGCAUGCCUGUGGUUCAUUGCUCCGCUCGCUCAUUUAAAGCAAGGGUGUAGAAAAUUUAUAUUUCUAUUUACUGGAGCAACAAAUAUGAGCACAGGCUGGUCAGAAAGUGCAACCUUUAGUGUGCAAUGACCAGAGUAAAAAUGGUUUUAAAUAUAGAAAUAAGAGAACUGCGAUAUUGUAUGUAAAGCUUGAAUACCAGCCCUUAUGAACCCACUUAAAAGGUAUAAAGUUGGUAUUACAGCCGGACAUCCAGACACCAUUGUGAUGUGAUUAUCGCUUACAUGUCUAUACUCAGUAUUAAAAUAUAUCCCAGUGGCUCUCUGUUGAUCCACACUGUGAUCCAGGGACAUUAGAACGACAUGACUUACCUUUAACCGAAACGUUACCGGUAUUACGGUACUGAACACCUGAAAGAGACAAUAUUACACUGCAUAAUAACGUUUUCAAUGUGUCACCCAGCAUUUUUUUGCACUUAUAUGUACAGCUGCACAGCACAUGUAUGUUAAUCAUUUCCGUGAUAUCCCUUGUGCCUCGUGUUCAUCUAACACAAAUAGACCACUACAUAUGAAGGUUAUGGCCAAUGUAGUAUAAUUACACAGUUAACAAUUCAUAUACAGCUCAAUUCAUAACUGGUACAAAAUAAUUUUAAACAGAUAAUUUUUUAUAUUGAAAUGUUAAAAAUUUAUUUUCCAAAAACAUUUUUUUUCUUUUGAAGUACUGAGGAAAUUAUGUGUGUGUAUGUAUGUAUGUAUUAAUAUAUUUUCGUAUAAAUUAAAAUGUCUGUUGUACUGUUCACUUUUAUUUUGCUUACAGUUUUUUCCUAUCAUAAUCAGUGUAGACGUAUUAUCUCAAAAACUGAUAAACUAUUUAACAACAUUUUAAAAUGUCACUUUCAAUGAGUAAACUCAAACACAAUACUAUUAAAUGUGAUUUUGUGUGAAGUGUACUUGGCAUAUUUCAUAAUACAACACUGUAAAUUCAUAUUCCAUUUAUAUUUAGCGGAUGUUAAUUAUGACACGUCUGACCAGUGUUUGUAUCUUGGCAACAAAAAUGUGAGGAACCCUCUGAGGUAUCUUCAACACUGCCAGACUAAAAUGCUUUAUUUAAGAAAUAUGUAUCCAGUCCAUGGAAUUGCAAAGAGAAUAUCCUGUUCUCUUGGAGGAAUGCCUUGACUUAAGACCAAUUUGUUUAACUGCUGAUAUAUCUGUAUAUGAACUGACCGUCUGUGUUUAUUGAUUCUGUUUAUUUUAUUUCUAUUCUGGUAAGGCUGUGUAGAGCAUUUAAAACAAAUAAUGUGUAGAUGUUCCAUGACUGUUCUUGGUAAUGGCCAAAAUAAGCAAACAGUACUAACGUAUUUGUGCAUGUUAAGGCAUAGUUGUAUCUUUUCUAUUUGAGAAUGAGUAAGAGAUGAUUGUAACCGUGCAGUGUAAUAAAGUUUAAUGAUA